GUGCUUCUUACCAGGGAAGAUGAUCAUCAACCCAGUUCGUUGGAGCGCACUGAAGGCUGAUUUCUCCUGAACGGUGCACAGGACCAAGUUUCAAGCCUGUGAGAUCAAACCCCAAGUACUAAAGUGAGAUCUUUUAACAAUUUGGAUUUGCAAAGAUGUCUGUAUCCACUAUGGAAUUAAAGAAAUCUAUUUCGGACUCGGAGAGAACAUUGAAGAGCUACGGCGCUGUGCAAGAGACCGACUGGAACAUGGAUAAAGGCCAGGGGGACGUGUCCAUGAUCGACAGCACCAUGUCCCCAGACGAGAUCGAGGUGGAGAUGGCGCGCAUCCAGCGUCUCCGGGAGGUCCUGGUGCGCCGUGAGUCCGAGCUGCGCUACAUGAUGGAUGACAUUCAGCUGUGCCAAGACAUCAUGAGCCUGAAGCAGGAGCUGAGGAAAAUCGUGCUGGUGCCAGAGAGAGAGAAGACCACGAAGCACCGGCAGGGAGAGGAGGAGUUAAUCCAGAAGAUCCAUAAACUGGUGCAGAAGAGGGACUUCCUGGUGGACGACGCGGAGGUGGAGAGAUUACGGGAGCAGGAGGAGGACAAGGAGAUGGCCGACUUCCUCCGGCUCAAGCUCAUGCCGCUGGAGAAGCUGGCCAAAGUGGCCGAGGGUCCUGCCAAGCCCAAGAGAAGCGUCCCAGAGCCUCCGCCCAACAAGCCCUCCGUCGUCAAGUCCAGCGUCGCCAUCAUCAAGGACUGCUGUGGUGCCACUCAGUGUGCCAUCAUGUAACAAAACGUCCCUUCAACCACAACCCCCGCCACCCCCCAACCCAAAGCCCUCGCCAGACUCUCUCCCGUAACCUUAACCCACCUCCUCCCUCUGAGAAACCUGAGUGCUGAACUAUCCUGCCAGAAGUGACAAAGUAAACAGACGAAGGCCGAGGAACAGGAUCAGCCUGAGCGGCGCUUGUCCGAGGCCGUAGGGGGAAACGCUUAUCUUGAUGAGCAGUGCUGCCGCUCAUUGAUUGCUAAUGGAGCGGGGACGCUGUGCCCAGCGUGGUUUUAGCCUGUCGGACAGUUGUCACAUUAACAUUCAAUUAGCCAAUCAAUGAUGCGUGGAUAAGACGUGUCAGCAUGCUCCCCAUAAACCACUCUAGAGUCUAGACAAUGUGUUGUGCUAUUACACCCCUGUAUGCUGUACAGUAGGUUUAGGUUAUAUAACAGCACCGUUUGAGGACUCCGCAGUUUUGAGGCAGGAGUUUGGCUGAAAGUGCACAAUAGUUGUUGUAUUCUCACCUGAGAGUUCAGCUGGUUAAAUGGAUUCCUUUAUUCUUUCUUUUGAAGCUGCAUUGCUGCAUUUUUGUACUCGAGUGAAGGCAACACUUUUUUUUCCACUGUGAGUUUAAAGUUUGAUCUUUCACACCACAUAUGGUGGCAGAAUGUGAAGAAAAACACUGCCUUUAAAUUCAGACAAAGCAUGUGAUGUGAGCAGCUUAAAGAGUGCCAUUUCACCACAACUUUUAUGAAGGCAACUUCUGGAAUGGGCUUCAGUUCCUUCAAUUGAGGCCUUUUUCAAAAGAGAACAAAAUCUGUGUGAUUUUUUUUUUGGUGUCAUGUUGACAAUUGCCAAGCACAAACACCCUGAUGCUUUCACACAUGCGCACACAGGUUUCACACACGGGAGGUGGGUCGAGAGGAGUCACGUCUCUUUUUUCCACCACAUAGUAUAACAGGUAUACACACAAACACCCCCACUCCCCA